AAUAUUUUGGAACUGCAUUGAAAAUGCAGCAAAAAGAAAUUGUUUAUAUGAUCAUCUGGAGUUUUGGCAUGAUUUAAAAAUUGUUAUAUGUGACCGUGUGACUUUCGAGGAAUUCAUACUUCGUUAGUUGAAAAAUCAAUCAUCCACUCGUGCACAAUUAAUGAUAAUUUAGAAUGGUUGAUAUUAGAUACAAAACUGCGGUUUUAAAGUGAUAAUAUCUGUUAGCUUCUCAUAGUAAAACCUCAGUGUCUUUUGAAAUGUACUUCAAUCACAUGUUACUGGUGGUUCCCAACCCAAAACGUCACUUCAGUAAAUGAACACUGUCUUGUGAAACCAUUAUGAUUCAGAAAAAGGAGAGUCUUCUAUGGCCAAUCACCGGCUACACAUUUAUGAUUUGGGUAUCAAAUGAAUUGACUCACAAGCAGAGUUUGCUGGGACUGCUAAAAUCCUCACUUUACAAGUUGACGGGGAACAAUGAAUACAAGUUCAAUGUUGCACUCACAGGUGUGGUAAGUGUAUAUGUAUAUGUUUUUUCAAAAUACUGGAACCUUAUUCAGAAAUACAUCCAAUUCUGUGAAGAGUUUAUAGCGUGUAGCCCGAAGUCCAUAAAUGCUGCAAUUAGAUGGAUACAAAAUACAGAAUCUCCUUCAUCGCCUGAAUUUCUUUCAAGAUUUUGUUUUGAAUAUUUAACAAAAGACGGAGUUUCUGAGGUUUACUUACUUCUUCCUGUUGGCUUUGUUAGUAUAUUACAAGACGAAAACAUUUUUCUGGACAAGAUUUCACACCUUAAUGUCAAAGCAGCCGUUCAUAUCAGGCUCAUCAUUUUUGAUAAUUCCUGAUCUUUAUGAAUAUGAAUUUUGGUGAAACUUACAUCUUUCUAUCACCAGCUUUUACAAUGAAAUAGAAGUGAGGGUGGAUUUGAUAAAUAAAACACUGAUGAACCCUGAUACCGUGAAAAUAGAUCUGUGGAUUGUCAAUUUUAAGAUAGGCCAUGACGCCUUUUUAUAAAACAUAGAAUCUACAUGUUCAGCGAAAAUUCUGUCGAAAUGCUUCAAUGUUGACUUUCCGAUAGUUCUCAUUUGAGGCGAAAGAAUACAUUUCACUGAGUGUAAAAAUAGUCUGCCGAUAAUAUUUAUGGGGAUGGCGUCUAAACUCAACACAAACAACUUUGACUACAGCAGAUGAUCACUCUUCAUUGUCAGAAGAAGAAAAUUCUGAAAUCAAAAAGUUAAUGCGCAUUUGUCAAAUCACAUUUGGAACAUUUGCAGUGAUUCGAAUCUGUUCCACUGUCAAGACAUGUACCAAUGGUUGCACCACAUGGUUAAUGGAUAUUAAAAGAUCCAGUUCAAAUCAGACUGCAAUAUCAAAACGCUUUCAAAAAAUUCAGAUCCAUAUGUUACUGUAUAAUGAAGCUUCACGAAAUGUCGUAUUACCCUGUGGGAAAGUUUAUCAACUGAAUGAUUCCAAAGAGCAUGAACGCGUACUAAUGAAACCAACAUUGUCCGCCUCCUUGGAAUUCGCCAAUACAUAUUUCGGAUCACACUCGCAUAAAACCACAUUCAAUAACUUCGACUGUUGUUCAUAUCCAAAUUUGUGGUCAAGGGUUUCUGUAAAUAAGAAGUUAGUUGACGACUUAAAUCGUCGAAUUUACGAGUCAGCUAAGGAUGAAGCAAGUUCUAAGAAGUGUUUAUCAGAUUGGUCAGCUAAUAAGUUCACUCCUAUAUUGGAUAUGAUGAAUAACCGAGAAGUGUUAGCCAGGAGAUCGAAUGAUGGUCAUUAUUAUCUAGGCUCAGUUCAAAGUGUUAAAUCACGCUCCCCUGUAGAUGAAGUACUGGUACGAUUUGGUCCAAUAAAAUGUUUAACAAAUUCAAGUUUACUAAAAUCUAAAUCGGGAAGAUUAGAUUCUGAUAUAUUUUAUUAUGAAUGGAUUGACAUUACAGAUAUCAUUGAUUUGAAAUAUGCUAGAAAACACCCAGUUGAACCAGGAAGUUGCGUACUUAUUCCUCAAACUUGGCCCUUACCUAGAUGUCCAUACUCUAACAAAACCAAGCCAACUAAUCUCAAGAAUCUGCGUUAUUAUGCAGCCGUGGUAGUUUCUUGCUCUGAACAACAGCAGGAGUGUGAUAAGCUAAAAGGAAUUAAUAAAAACACAAACGAAGGAGAUGAAGACGUUGAUAGAAAACUAUUAGUUGAAUUAGCCAGCUGUAGUACUCAUGCUGGUUAUACUUAUGUUGCUGAAAAACAAGCCAUCUGGAUUCCAUACAAUACAUAUCAACGUAUUAUCUUAGAACAGUAUAUGUCACCAGAAAGUAGAAAAUGGUUGAAAAAUAAAACAUUUCUGCCUAAUUCAUAUCCAAUUUAUUCAGCUCCAGGUUAUCCUGCUGAUGGUUUUAGCAAAUUUUUAUCGAAUACAAGCAAUCCACUUAUUCAACCGUUAACAUUUCAACAUUUCAAACGUGGUAUGGAUGUACAGUUCGAAUAUUGUCCUAAUCUACAGUGUAUGCCACUCUACUCCAUAGUGAAUGAUUUAUUGCCAACAGCCAAUGGUUGUCCUGUUUGGAUGGGUAACAGUACAGAAAAUAAAAAGAUGAAUAGACUGUCAAGAAUGAAUACUUAUAGGAACAAUGAAAAAUUGAGAAAAGAGCAACUUGUAAACGAUGCUCAAGUUGAUUUAGUCUAUAGAUCACGUAAUAAUAAUCAAGCCUGUUAAAUAGAAUAUUGUUUUAGAAAAAUUAUUAGUUUACUUAAAUAUGUCUACGUAAGCAUUUUACAAUCAUGUUGUUUUUUCUUAGAAAAGUCGUUUCAUACAUGUUUUUCAGUAAUAUGUUAGAAAAAUUGAAUAAAAUGUUUGUGAUAAAACAGCAAUGUUUGCUUAAGAAAAAAGAAAAUAUUAGAUGAAACAUUGAGAAAAAUUUAAUGUCAUCUGUUCUUUUUUUAUGGGUUUCUUCCUUGUACUCGGUUGCUGAUCCAUACAGUUAGUGAAAGCUAGUCACAAAAAA